GGUGUAUGGUCUAGUGCCGAUGAAUCGAUGCACUGACUGCCCACGGACUGCGCCACUGAAGCGGUUGACUUCGAAGGAGGAGAAGAAUGGGAACUUUGGGCGCGAGUUCGUCAAAUGCGAGAGCAAGCCGGAGGGGCAGAUCGUGAAGAAAUGCCACCAUUUCGAGUGGAUGGAUGAUUACAUCCAGAGGCUUCAAGGGUUGGGCUUGCUGGAUUCGAGGGGGAAUGCAAUCCGCGAGUUCAAUCUGCCCCAUGACAGUGCCGCUCCGGCAGCAGCAGCGCGUCCGGAAUACCCGACGAUGGUAGAUGUCAAACUGAAGACGAAAUUGAAGAAGAUGAACAAGAACUUCAAGCAGCUGAUUGCGUUGAAGAAGCAAUCCAAUCUGAUAGCUUUAGGAAUACUUGCUCUAGGAAUUUUUUACUUGAUGGCCAUCUCUCGUUAG